AUGUUGGUUGACCUGAUUCGAAUCGCUGCCGCGGAUGGAAUGGAGUUGGACGGGGCGUUUUUCGCGCCCGAUCGGGGCUCGACCCCGUCCGGUCCGAUUGACGCUGCAAUGAUAAUACACGGGUCCGGCCGCAACUUUUAUACGCCGGCAACGGCUAACAUGGCGAAUGACCUGCGACGCGCGGGGUACGCCGCGUUGACUCUCAACACGCGGGGUCACGAUACGGUGUGGGUGGACCGGCAGACCGGGGUGGCCGAGGGCAACGCCUACGAGAUUCUGGACAAUAGCCGCCAGGACCUCCGGGCGGGCAUCGAUUACCUCGCGGCACAGGGAUACGAGCGGAUUGCCAUCCUGGGCCAGAGCAUGGGCGCCGUGAAGGUCGCGUACUACGGCGCGGUGGAAAACGAUCCUCGGGUUGCGGCGGUGGUGCCCAUUUCGCCGGUGCGGCUGUCCUGUUCCUACUACAUGGAAUCCCCGGACGCUGAAGAGUUUCGUGCCAACCUUGUGACCGCGGACCGCAUGGAGGCGGAAGGACGGGCUUUGGACCUGUUCAACGUGGAUUUCCCGAUCAAGGAAAUGUUCUCGGCCAUGGCGUACAUCGACAAGCAUGGCCCGCUGGAACGUUACAACAUCAUCGGUCAGGCUCCCAAGAUCAGGGUGCCUCUGUUCGUGCUAUCCGGCUCGCUGGAAACGCACACCCGGCUGCUGGAUGUUCCGCAGGACAUGAUCGCCGGCGCGGUGAACAGUCCCCGGGCCGAGUACCUGGUGCUGGAGGGCGGGAACCAUUCCCUGACCAACAUGAUGCCGGCGGCGGGAGAGGCGGUGGUCAACUGGCUGGCUUCGCUGGAGGCGUCCGUUGGGCAAGCGGCCGCUGCGGCCAACUGA